GUGUGUCGUUUGCAGAGUUUAUUAUAUUUUGUUUGUUAAUUUUUGAUUAGGUACAUCUAAUCAUAUUAAAGUUUGACCCACAUUUAAUUAUACUUCAGCUCUUUAUUAAAACCGCGAUUAUUAUUGAACAUGAAGCACCUAAAAGCCUAUAUAAUAUUGGCACUAUUCUCCGACAUUCAUUAUUCGUGAAUUUCUUUGGACAAUUUCAUGUUUAUAACCUAAAGGUCUUAAAGCUUUAAGCAUGGAAGAAGAAGAUGUAUGGGAAGACCUCUCUAAUAUACCUGCAGAUCCACCACAUAUGCGUGAAUUAUGUCAAAAUUGCAAGAGGCCAGAAGUAGUGUGUUGGUGUGCAGCCCUUCCCCCUGAGAGGUUACAACCACGCAGCAACAUCAUUCUCCUGCAGCACCCUGCCGAGGAGAAACGCUGCCUCCGGACCGCCCCCAUGCUCCAGCUGGGUUUAGCAGAAAACAAGUGCCUUAUCUUCAAAGGAAAAAAGUUCCCACAACCAAGACAUGACAACUUGGAAAACAUCCUAACUCAACCUAAUACAAUAUUACUCUAUCCUAGCAAAACUGCUAUUGAUAUAAAUGACUUAGUUAAUGAGAAUGAUUCAUACAAUCUUGUCCUGUUAGAUGGUACCUGGCCCCAAGCUAAGGCUAUCUAUGCCUCCAGUCCUAUUUUACAUAAUAUAAGGCAGGUUAAAUUAAUAACUAGUACAGUAAGUAGCUAUAUUAUAAGAACGCAACCAACUGAAGGUUGUUUGAGUACACUGGAAACAGCAGCAGAGGCUUUGUCUCAAUUGGAGAAGGAUCCAAAAUACAGAGAUCAACUAGUACAACCUUUACAUAAGCUGUGCCAAUACCAGUUGGACAAUGGCGCUGUUACUCACCAGUCAAAGGAGUUUCUAUUGAAAACUAGAACAUAUCCUAAGUUGAUAGGAAAACGAUUAUCUAGGCUAUUAAGGUCUACAAAUGAUACUGUUCUAAAUUUAGAUUAAGUAUUACUAUAAAUAUUACUUUUAUAAGUGUUUC